CGGCAAGUCCAGCCUGUCCCCCAGAUUACAAAGUGGGAUGAACCUGCAGAUCUGCUUUGUGAACGACAGCGGCAGCGACAAGGACAGCGAUGCCGACGACAGCAAGACAGAGACCAGCCUGGACACGCCGUUGUCACCCAUGAGCAAGCAGAGCUCGUCCUACUCCGACAGAGACACGACAGAGGAGGAGUCAGAGUCCCUGGAUGACAUGGACUUCCUCACCAGGCAAAAGAAACUCCAAGCUGAAGCCAAGAUGGCCUUGGCUAUGGCAAAGCCCAUGGCCAAAAUGCAGGUGGAGGUGGAAAAGCAGAACAGGAAGAAAUCGCCGGUAGCGGAUCUUCUGCCACAUAUGCCUCAUAUAAGUGAAUGCCUGAUGAAGAGAAGUUUGAAACCCACUGAUCUAAGAGACAUGACUAUCGGGCAGCUACAAGUGAUAGUCAAUGAUCUGCACUCACAGAUAGAAAGCUUGAACGAGGAGCUGGUGCAGCUGCUGCUGAUCCGGGACGAGCUGCACACGGAGCAGGAUGCCAUGCUGGUGGACAUCGAGGAUCUCACCAGGCUCGCAGUGGGCAACAGGAAAAAUACCUCCUGA